AUGCGGAAAGAAUCAUCUGGACUUGAUUCUGAAGAUCAAAAUUCAGCUGCUGGACUUAUUGCCAACCAGUACUUUACAGGAUUGGGCGUAUCCUCCACAAUGUCCCCCAUGAUCCAUGUAGUCUCCUCCCACAUGGAACCAGGACUGGCUGAAGUGACCGGGAGUACAGUAACCCUAUAUGAGUCUCAAGAUUGUAAAAGAUGUCAUCAGUAUAAGGAGCCCGGCUCUCAUCACCUCCUUGAUGUAGGUUGUGCGCAUGGCUCUCCGCGUCAGGGUUGCUCCAAGCAAGAGUCACUGAUGACAACCAUAGGAAACAGCUCUGGGACCACAUGGUUGUCUUCUCCACAGGUUGUUCUACAGAACCUUAUUACAUGCCUCAUCCUGUUCUACUCCGUGUACUAUGUGUCUCUGAGCAUGUGCUGCCUGACACUCCAGGUGUAYGAAUUGGAUGUCCUGGCACCAUUUGAUUUCAAAACCAAUCCUUCAUGGCUCAACACAAAUUAUAAAGUUCUUUUAUUCUCAACAGAGGUCACCUACUUUGUUUGUGGAUUGCUUUUUGCUCUGGUUGUGGAAGAGUGGGUUUGGGAUUAUGCUAUUUCAGUAACUAUUCUUCAUGUUGCUCUCACUUCAACUGUCAUGUUGGAAUUCCCCUUAACAGCACAUUGGUGGGCUGCUUUAGGUAUGUUGGAAUUAUUCUAG